GAUGAGAAAACGUUCAUGGGCGUGGCUUCAAGACCCCAGAUGACACGUGUGGAACUGGGCAUUACUGGAGCAAACAAAACAUCCGUGCAGUCCAUCUGCUUACAUCCUCAAGAGGGGAUUCCGCAAGGAUUCGUCAGACUCCUGGCCUGCAGGGAAAACGGCAUCAUGAGCACAGCAGGAAAAGUAAUAAAAUGCAAAGCAGCUGUGCUGUGGGAGCAAAAGAAACCAUUUUCCAUAGAGGAGGUGGAGGUCGCACCCCCGAAGGCCCAUGAAGUCCGUAUAAAGAUGGUGGCCGCAGGAAUCUGUCGCUCAGAUGACCACGUGGUUAGUGGAACCCUUGUCGCACCUCUUCCUGUGAUCGCAGGCCAUGAGGCAGCUGGCAUUGUGGAGAGCAUCGGAGAAGGUGUCACUACAGUAAGACCAGGUACAGAUUUCACACUUGGGGGGGUGUGGUUAUGCCCGUCUCAUGCCCUUGUGUGUCUGUGUCUUGCACUGACUAGUCUGAGCACGCCUCGGGGAACCAUGCAGGAUGGUACCAGCAGGUUCACCUGCAGAGGGAAGCCCAUCCACCACUUCCUUGGCAUCAGCACCUUCUCCCAGUACACCGUGGUGGACGAGAUCUCAGUGGCCAAGAUCGAUGCGGCCUCACCGCUGGAGAAAGUCUGUCUCAUUGGCUGUGGAUUUUCUACUGGUUAUGGGUCUGCAGUCAAGGUUGCCAAGGUCACCCAGGGCUCCACCUGUGCCGUGUUUGGCCUUGGAGGAGUGGGCCUGUCUGUUAUCAUGGGCUGUAAAGCAGCAGGAGCGGCCAGGAUCAUUGGGGUGGACGUCAACAAAGACAAAUUUGAGAAAGCAAAGGAAGUGGGUGCCACUGAGUGCAUCAACCCUCAGGACUUCGAGAAACCCAUCCAGGAGGUGCUGACAGAAAUGAGCAAUGGAGGCGUGGAUUUUUCAUUCGAAGUCAUUGGUCGGCUUGAGACCAUGGUGGCUGCCUUGUCAUGCUGUCAAGAAGCAUAUGGUGUGAGCGUCAUCGUAGGAGUACCUCCUGAUUCCCAAAAUCUCUCUAUGAAUCCCAUGUUGCUACUGAGUGGACGUACCUGGAAAGGAGCUAUUUUUGGUGGUUUUAAGAGUAAAGAUUCUGUCCCCAAACUUGUGGCCGAUUUUAUGGCUAAAAAGUUUGCACUGGAUCCUUUAAUCACCCAUGUUUUACCUUUUGAAAAAAUAAAUGAAGGAUUUGACCUGCUUCGCUCUGGAAAGAGUAUCCGUACCAUCCUGACGUUUUGAGACCAUACAAAUGUCUGCACUUGUAGCCGUCUUCUGGCUCCUCUAUCCUCUGGAUCAUCAGCCAAACAACAUCAAUAAUUCUGUUCCUCAAAGAUGCUAUUAAUAGUUACCGCUGGGAGCUUUCUAAAAGAAACAAAAAUUGAUGUGAAGUCACUUUUCAAGCAAACGUUUAAAAUCCAAGUGAGAGCUAGAGGAACCAUCAGCUGGGUAACUGAGCCCACUAAACUUUCCUUCUUAAUCAUUCUCCUCACGUUGAAUCCUGUCACCUUUCCCGUUGAGGGAAGGCACUUCUUUUGACUUCUUGCACGAUUUGUGUCUUGGGCACCCUUAGUAUUGAAGCCCGGGGUGGGGGUCCUCAUGAUACUUGCCCCUCAGCAUACACGUGAUGGGCUAUUGUGCUCUAAGCCUUCUCCUUCCACAUGCAUUUCCACUGUCUGUAUUUGCCUUUUGAUGAAGGUACCAAAGCCGUACAGUAAAAUACAGACUGUGAAAAGAUACACUCAGAUUAAUAAGUGGAGCAGGUCUAGAACUUCUAAAGGCAGGGAAUUUCUUAGGAAAAUGUCAUACAUUUUUAUAAGGUGGAGGGAAAUGUCUUUAUCGCUUUUAUACUGUUGGCAGUGGAUAUAUGAUCGUUCUUUUAAAUAAAAGCAGUUUCAUGCGACGUCGUAUUAAAUUUGAAAAGGGCCGUAUUAAAAACUCCGUAAUUUUUA